UCGGUCUGUGCCAUCCAUCUCAUCAUGGACAGCCUGCUGAGCGGGGCCAGUAAAGGGGCCAGUGCCCUUCAGUUAGUAAAGACCUCAUCGCGUCAUAGAAGCCACUCGCUGCCUUUACCCCUGUGCGACUGACUGUUACAGAAACAAUAAAGCUUAAAUUCCUCUUAGACUCAAACAAAAGAGCCAUGCAUCCGCUGCUGUCCCUCAGUGUCUUUUGGCUGCUGCCCCUGGCCUUGACACUGGACGAAGACUCACCGUUGGACUGCGUCCCACGCAGAACUGUGCCCUAUCAUAGGGAUAACGCACACUUGUUUCAUGAGGAGGGUGUGUUCAACUACUCGACCAUGCUGCUGAGAGAGGACCUGGGUCUGCUAGUGCUGGGGGCCAGGGAGGCAGUGUAUGCUCUGGACCUAAACGAUGUCUCCAAGAAACUUGCUUCGGUCAAAUGGGAAGUGACAGACAAACAAAUCACUGAUUGUAAAAACAAAGGGAAAGAUCCUGAGACGGAGUGUAAAAACUAUAUCAGAACCCUGCAUAAGAUGGAUGAUAACAGGAUGUAUGUGUGUGGAACCAAUGCUUUUGAUCCAGAGUGUGACUACAUGUCAUACGUGGAUGGAAAUCUGACUCUGGAGAAAAAAAUAGAGGAUGGGAAAGGGAAGUGUCCAUUUGAUCCUUUCCAGAGAUAUGCCUCUGUCAUGGUUGAUGACAGUCUGUACUCGGCCACGUCAAUGAAUUUCCUGGGCUCUGAACCCGUCCUGAUGCGCAGCUCUGAUAGCUCCAUACGUUCUGAGUUCAAAAGUUCCUGGCUCAAUGAGCCCAACUUUGUUUCCAUGGCUCAGAUGCCAGAGAGUGAGAACAGUUAUCAGGGAGAUGAUGACAAGGUUUACCUGUUCUUCAGUGAGACAGCUGUGGAGUGCGACUGUUACAACAAACUGGUGGUCUCCCGUGUGGCCCGUGUCUGCAAGGGAGAUGUCGGAGGUCUGAGGACUUUACAGAAGAAAUGGACAUCCUUCCUGAAGGCCAGGAUGGACUGCCCAGUGCUGGAGUCCCAGCUUCCCUACAUUAUCCAGGACACUUACCGCUGGUGUGACCCCCAGCAGCCCUGGAAGGACUGUUUGUUCUUUGCCAUCUUCACACCACAGUCGGACACAUCAGGCCUGUCGGCAGUGUGUGUGUACCGCGUGUCUGACAUCAGCAGAGUGUUUGCGGAGGGCAAGUAUAAGUCUCCAGUCUCCGUAGAAACCUCUUUUGUUAAGUGGGUGAUGUAUAGCGGAGAAGUCCCCGUCCCUCGGCCCGGAGCUUGUAUAGACAAUGCAGCUCGUAAAGACGGCAUAAAAGUGUCUCUGGACCUCCCAGACCGGACCCUUCAAUUUAUCAAAGAUAAGCCCCUCAUGGACCAUGUCAUCCAGCCAAUAGGACAGAAGCCCUUACUAGUGCGAAGGGGAGCUACAUUUACAUGCAUCAUAGUCAACCAAGCACAGGCGGCAGAUGGAAACAAGUACCACGUGAUGUUCAUAGGCACAGAGGAAGGCACCAUUCUGAAAGCUGUUAACUAUGAUGGAGAAAUGUUCAUCAUAGAAGAAGUACAACUCUUCAAGCCCCCAGAGCCAAUCAAGAUUCUGAAAUUUUCCAACGUCACGGGUCAGCUCUAUGCAGGCUCAGACUACGGAGCAGUGCAGAUACCACUAGCCACCUGUGGGAGAUCCCUUUCCUGUAUGGACUGUGUUUUAGCCAGGGACCCAUACUGUGGCUGGGACAAAGUUGCUGGAAAAUGUGUCACCCUUUCUAAUGCACAAAGUGAACUUAUCCAAAGUGUAAAAGAUGGAAAUGCCACUCUCUGCCCAGGAGCUGACCCUGUGAAACCUGUGAAUCAGAACAUCUGGCCAGGUGGCAACCUGAAGCUCCGUUGUCCUUCGCCCUCCAACUUGGCAAAUAUCAGAUGGCAGCAGGACGACCACCCUCUCACCUUUUCACCUCGCCUUCUGCGUCAACCGGAUGGACUGCUCAUCCUCAACGCCUCAAAAUCCAAUACUGGUUAUUACCGGUGCAUAUCUGUGGAACGCUCCAAAGUCGCUGAGUACACAACCACUGUUGCAGAGUACCAGGUCAAAGUAGACCCAGAUGCUGGCAACGGUGGACACAUAUUUGGUCCCCAGGCUCAGAGGGGUGGCCCCUCUGUGGCUGGACUGCAGGCUGUAGUGGGGCUGCUAGUGGUUUCUCUUCUUGCUCUUUUGGCCUGGAACUUUUACAAAGGCCACCUACCUCUGCCCUGGGGAUGCAGAAACAAGAAUAGAGAGCAAUCCCAGCAGUCCCGUGAGCAGGGGCAUCUCAACGCCACUGUGACCCAACAAGAUGCACUGAGGCCUGCAUUAGCAGAGGACAAACCACUGGUGUCUGGAGCAGGCACGGGCAGCCCUAAUAACAACCACACCGAUGGAGAGGUGGGAUUCAGUGCCGCAGAGGGGGAGAACGCCCCAGAAGUAUCCCUACCGUCUCUGCAGUUUAUAGAUGAUGAGUCAGAAAUUUGAAAAUGACCAGUACAUUAUGAUCCUCACAGCAAGAAUCUCCCAAACUGUUUGUUUCCAGGCAAAUGGACUGGAUUCAUCAAUUCUAGUGAGAAUUGAAAUCUCAAUUUAUGUGGCAUUCACUAAGUUUGAGUAUAAAAAUAUUCAAAGUGGUUUGGAGUUUGUUUUGAGAGACUAUACAUUGUUGAGACUGAAUACACCAAAACAUCCUAUAAUUAGUUUUAUUUUGAAACAGAUGGAGAGACUCUUUAAUUCCUGCUUUACAUUUUCAUGUCUUUUUUAUUACAAUUGUAGGUGCAUUUUGUAAAAUGUGUUUAAAGGAAAAAUGUUUGCUAUUAAAUUUAGAUUUAUAUUUUACAGAGACUGGUAUGAUAUUCACAGGGAAUGUAAUUUAAAAUUGAGCCAUUUCAUCUCUAACCACUAGUAGCAAAGAUUUUAGUUUUAUAGUAUUAAAACUUUUCUACCUGGUCCUUGUGUUGUUCCAAUGUAUCCAAAUACAGCAGCCAAGAUUUACUAGUGUUCAGCAAGACCAGACU